AUGCAAAGACAGUUCAUUCGAUUUCUUAAAACCAAGAGUUCUCAAUUCUAUGCCAAAUCUACUAUAAGCCCACUAGCAUUCAAACUACAACCUCCAUCGAGCUUCACACCGCAAUCGGCUCUCAUAUUUUCUACCCCCACGAACUUGCCGCAAAUAAUUGAAGAUGUUAUUGAACUACAUCAAAAGCACAGUUUGCAAGUUGUGGUAGCCGGAAUCGAUACAAUGGUUCCAUCCUCAUCAAGAAAUGGUGUUAGUGAGCUUUGGCUUGAUCAUCGUAUGAAAAUCGCUAAUUCAUUGCUUUUGGAAGAACGAGAUGACUUGAACACACCACCACCAGAAAGCGAUGGUAUCAAUCCCGUCACUGCUAGGAAGAAUUGGAAAAACCUUCAGGGUCAUUUGAGUUUGAAGUUGAGACAUGAAAUGGACGCAAAAAUCAGCUUGGCCAAUACUGUUUUUUCAACUGGAUCAAUACUUACUUUAUUCUAUUUUGAUGCAGAGACAAAUGCCGCUCAUUCAGGUCAACAUUUAUGUGAAUUGGAAGUUGCAUUACCAAGAGGUGUAGUUCCCAACCAUGCAACAGCGAAAAUUGAAGACAAAUGGACGCCAUUGUACCCGGGAAAAUUGUUCAAGAUUACAAAUUGUGUAGGGAACUUGUUGAAAUCGAUUGAUAAAAAUCCUGCGGCAAAGUAUUUGGAGAAUAAUGAGCAAUUGAUGAGUUUAAAGAGUAAAGAUACUGAAGUGUUUGUGAAGUUGAGAAAACGCGGGAGUACCAUAGUGGAGAGAUUCAAAGUAACCGCGGGAGGUGGUGGAUGGGGUGCAAAAGCUGACAUUAUUGCAUUAUCACCAGAAGCGAAACCUGAAAGAGGUGAUGAGAUUGAGUUUUUUAUGGUUACACCCGACGAUAGAUUUGUCAAGCAGAAAGAUGAUGCUGUAGAAAGAUUUAAUCAAACUUUUGCUUUCAUGAGCAGUUAUGAGGAGACAGGGUAUGGUAACGACGAUACUGAUUCUCAAGUUGAAAGAGUUUAUGAAACUUUUGGGUGUGGAUCUGAACAAGGAUUUUUUUUCAAUGGUGUAAAGCAUCAUUCGCCCGGAGAAAUAGUUUAUAUAAAGUUCAAGUAG